AUGUCUCUCCGCUUCGUCCCAGCCAAGGCGCAUGCCAGCUCUACUCAGCUCGAGACGUCCGCACCCUCUGCCCCUGGUGUCCAUGACAACCUUCGUUCUCGCCUCGCACAAACAUCCACAGCACCUUCAUCAACAAAGUCCGUCGAGCUCCAGUCCGCACAUCCUCUCGAGGCACGCCUUGUGCAGUGGCGCGAGACACAAGACCGCAUGAAGAUGGAGAUGCUGAGGCGGCAGUUCGGCAUCGCGGAGCCGGUGAGGAGGGGUAUGGAGCUCAAGAUUGCGUCUGCUGGCGAGUGGCGGCCGGCUGCCCUCGGCGGUUCGAGCGGAGUGCACAAGGACAUUCUGGAGGGAAGGGACUGUGAGAUUGGCUGGGAGGAUGUGUACACUGGAUCCGAGCUUCGUCAAAUCCCCGAUUUCCACUCCGAGAUCGAGUCCAAGAUGAAGAUGAACUGGUAG